UUUUAGCUGUCUUAAACUAAACUUAUUAAAUAAAUUUACAUUAAUUUGUUAGAAAAAUGUAUACAUAAAUUAGAACUUUCACUAUGAGUUCAUCAAACAGUAGUACGAGUAAUAAUAGUAUUAAUAGUUUCGGAAAAGUGGAAAUAGUUAAAUGUAUUCCUACUUUUAUGUGGACAAUAAAUAAUUUUUGUGCUUGCCAUAAAAAAACUGGAGAUGCAUUAAAAUCGCCUAUUUUCUCUAUGGGAAAUAAUAACGAAUUGAAUUGGUGCAUUGAUUUGUAUCCAAAAGGGUUUGAUAAAAGUUAUGAAAAUUUUAUUUCCUUGUUUUUAAAGUUAGAAUCUUGUGACCAAUAUGUUGUUAAAGUGAAAUAUAAGUUUUGUAUUCUUAAUAGCAAAAGAUCCAAAACUCAUGAAAUGGGAUCUGAAACUGACCGUCUGUUCACACCAGGAUGUGAUUGGGGUUUUAGAGAAUUCAUAUCAAGAGAUACUUUAUUUGAUAAAAGUAACAAUUUGCUGCCAGAUAAUAAGUUGACAAUUUAUUGUGAAAUUGAUGUAAAUCGUCGUACUACUAAUAUUUUCAAUGAAAAUAUUAUGGCACCACCUAAAUUGUCUGAAAGCCAAAGUAAAAUAAUUGAUGAUAUAGAAGCUUUGAUGAAAAGUAAAAAGUUCUGUGAUGUAUCAUUAGUCGUUGGAGAUAAGAAAUUUUAUGCUCACAAAACAAUAUUAGCAGCACGUAGUAUUACAUUUUGCACCAAAUUUGAAGAGAAUCUAGAGGAGAAGAAAGUUAAUGUUAUUGAAAUUAAUAAUUAUGAUCAGAAGAUUGUUAAAGAAAUGUUGCGGUAUAUUUAUACUGGAAAAGUUGAAAAUCUCAAUAAACUUGCCAAAGACAUUCUACCUGCUGCCAAUGAAUAUGUACUUGAGGGACUGAAAAAUAUGUGUGAAAAUAUAAUAAGUAAAAACUUGAAUUUAGAUAAUGUGGUUGAAAUGUUAACUAUUGCUGCUAGUUACAAUGCACAAAAUUUAAAAAAAGAAGCUAUAGAUUUUAUUAUAUCUAAUGGAGAAGCUAUAACAAGUACUGAAAGUUUCAAAUCUUUAGCUGCAUCACAACCUCUUCUUAUAGCUGAGGCAUUUCGUACAAUGGUUACAACGUACAGUAAACCAGAACAACCAGUUAGAAAAAGAAAACAUUCUGAUGAGAAUAUUGACAAAGAAGAGUAACAAAGAAGAGUACCAAACAGCUUUCGCUAAAACAUACAUUUAUAAGUUCAUAAAAAUUGAUAGUAUAUUUGUAAUAUACAUUUGGUACUAUUGAUAUUCAUAAAUAUUUAAUAAUAAUAAUAAUAAUGUUUAUGGCCAUUAUUGCAUUAAGUAUAAUAAAUUUAUUACAUAUUAUCAGUUUAAUUUUUUAUAAUAAUUAUACAUGCCUAUUAAAUAUUCGAAUGAUUUAUACAAUGAGUUAUUUGUAAAUUAUAUUAGGCUUGAUAAAUUUCAUCCAAAAAAGAUGUUAAUAAAACUGAAAAGGUACCUGACUUACUUUUUGUGUAAAUAAAUUCUCACACG